CAUUCUCCAGAGAACUCAGCGGUAGACGGGAGACAGGUGCCGAGUUUUCGCUCCCUCGUACAGCAAGGCUCAAUUUUUAAGCUGUAGUUUAGUUGUUUUGCGAAAUACAUGAGAGGUUUGACAGGUGACAAUGGGACUAAUACGAUGGGGCUUUACCCUCAUCCUCUUCACACUGGCGUUCACGUAUCUACCAAGACUGUUCGCACCAAAGCUUCUUCCUAUCGUUGAAGGGUAUUUCCACCCGAAAUUUCGCAAGGUUGCCGAGACUCUCAGAGAAAAUGUCGAAAGUGGCAAGGAAAGGGGCGGAGCUUUUGUUGUAUAUCACCGUGGUGAGGUUGUGAUUGACAUGUGGGCCGGCUAUGCUGAUGAGGAAGCUGGGAGGCGAUGGGCCAGUGACACCAUGUUUAUUGCCUUCUCGACCACGAAGGGCGUUGCUGCUAUCACAGUAGCAAGGAUGGUAGACAAGGGCUGGCUGGACUACAAGAAGCCAGUGGCCCACUACUGGCCAGGGUUUGCCCAGAAUGGCAAAGGGGAGAUAACUGUGGAACAGCUACUGAGUCAUGAGGGUGGUCUGGUGAGCAUCGGCAACAUGACAAAUCUGUUUGAAUACCGUGACAACCAGGAAGAGUUCACCCACAGACUGGAGAGGGUGACGCCACUCUGGAAACCAGGCACUGCGCAUGGUUACCAUGCCCUAACGUUUGGUUUCUAUGUGGACACACUGGUGAGGAUGGCUGACCCCAAACACAGGAACAUGACACAGAUAUUCCGAGAGGAGAUCGCUGAGCCCUUUGAUAUCGACUUCCACAUUGGCCUCCCUAAGUCCUUGUCAUAUCGAGUCGCUCGCGGACAGUACAUGUCUAACUUGGAGUCUCUCUUUGCCGCCAUCACAUCAUGGAAGAAGUUUGUCCUCUUUUCUAGAAUCAUGUUCUACCCAGAAUCCUUCACUGCCAAGGCCGUGACUGUUAUAGAUAUGAAGAACAAUAGGCUCACUGACCCUGAAGUGAUGAGUAUUGGUCAAUCAGCUUUCCUUGGUAUUGGGACAGCCCGCAGCAUUGCUAAGCUCUACAGUUACAUGUCCAUGGGCGGAAGUAUCAAAGGGAGACAACUCCUAAAACCUGAAACCUGGAAACUGUUGACAAGCCCAUUCAGCACCGGACCUGAUCUUGUAAUUCCUAUGAUGAAUGGUAGCUGGGCCAGAGGAGUAGCUAUUCGUGAACUCCCGUACACAAAGUACAAGGGCCAGAAUGUUAUUGGCCACCCAGGCUAUGGAGGUCAAGUUGGCCACUUUGACCCCGUCAACCAGCUGUCUGUGGGCUACCUCACAAACUAUGCCUCCCAAUAUGGUGUGUGGGAUGACCCGCGGUUCCUCGACCUCGAGGCAGCCUUAUAUGACUGUCUAGACGAUUAUGUACGAGGAUUGAAAUAAUCAUAAGAUUCAGAUUUUCUGAAAGUCUAAAAGAUUUAUAGAUACUUCAGAAAAGUCUAUGAGAUGCUUAGAUAAUUCUGAAGUCUAUGGGACUUAUAGGUAAUUGAAUAGAAAGUAAAUGUAUUUCUUUUUUUAUACAAAUGUUCAUAAAGGCUAAAAAAUUAAUAGACUGGGUUUUCAGGCACUGCCCACAUCAUCAUAAAGUUCAUUGCACGUUUUGUUUUGGUUUCCAUUUUCAAUUUUUUUGGUGCAUUGUGUUUAAUUAAUUAUUAAUUAAAUUACGCAUUUAUAUAGCACUACUUAUCCAGAUAUACUGCCUGCUCAAGAGCGCUCAGUCAGUUUAAGUAUUAGGAUUUUUAUAUUUUAUUUUAAAAUGGAAAUAAAUAAAAAACAUGCGGCAGACUUUGUGAUGAUGUGGGUGGUGCCUGAGUUUUUUUUAGCCUAACAUAUCAUAUUUGAUCUACUAGAUCUUAAGAUUCUCGAUAUGUUAUUAGUUGUUCAGUUUUAGUUUUAUUUGAACCCUGAAAUGCAUGACAUUUGUGGAAAAGUUUACCUCCGUAAUUAGAGGGAGACAAUGCCCUUGUACUUGUUCAUCACAAGCAGAAUGCUGCUUCAUCUCGUUCUGGCCUGAAUAGGCUAAUGUGAUCAUUUAUCGUGGACAGACUUUGUUUAUCACCUUCAGUAUGUAAGGGAGGUAAUCGCAUAGUUGUUGAAACCAGUAUUGUUAAUAUUGAUUUAAUCAUGCUGUUUUGAUUAAUCAUUUAAUAAUUUUAUGAACAAAAUGUUUGCAGCCUCGCAUCAAAGUUUUCUUGUAUUACAUGUAUUACAUGGUUUAAAGAUCCUCUGAAUCAAAUUUAACUGAUGUGGAAUAUAAUUAACAUUGACAUUUUUAGACUAGUCCUCUUUCUUCCUGUUGAAUUUAUUGCAUACUUUCUUUGAAAUAUAAUUCAAGUAGUAAUAGAAGUACCUCACUUACUUUUUAUCCUAGACCCGUGAAAAUCCGGGGUGGAAUAGGUCUUCAGCAACCCAUGCUUGCCGUAAAAGGCAACUUUGCUUGUCAUUAAAGGAGACAAACGGGAUCGGGUGGUCAGGCUCACUGACUUGGUUGAU